AUCCUCAAAUUCUCCUAGUAGAGCUUCCUUAAACAAUAAUCACCCAAUCAAAUUUCUCUCUCUAAAUCCUCUGUUCUGCCAAACAAAAAAAUGGCCAAGCAAAAGGUAGUGAUCGGAAUCUCUGUGAAGGACCAGAAGGCUCGUGCCAAGGCUUUCAAGAUCGCCGUCAGUCUCUCAGGAGUUGAUUCGGCGAGUAUACAAGAUGAGAAGGGGCAGUUAGAGGUGGUGGGGGAGGUGGACGCGGUGGCUCUGGCCAACCAGCUGAGGAAGAGGUUGGGGCAGGCGGAGCUUCUAAGCGUCGCCUCCGCCGAGAAAAAGGAGGAGAAGAAGGCGGAGACGCCGGCACCACAAACCGUGACGUUCACUUAUGAUCCUAAUUCAUAUCAUAAUAAUGCAAUUCCUCACCCUUACUACGCUAAUUACCCAGUAGUUCAAGAUGAAUCCAGCUGCUCUGUCAUGUAAACUGGUUCAGUUUAGUGAACCAGAUAG